CUUGCUUAUCAACUCGCCAUUGCCGGCAUUCAGUCCCAGAAUACAAAAAAAUGCGAAUAGUCAAAUUCCAAACCUGAUACAGCGGAGCCAUUCAUAUUUGAAUUGAAAAACGGUAAUCUUCGCCCCGAAGAGAACCAGAACCACAAGACUUAAAAUCACGCUGUUUAUAGCCGCACAGGACCGGAGAGAGGUUAACAGGAACGACUUCUCAGGAGGCAUUGAAAUCGGCAGUAUGACCAUCCGUUCAGCCGAAGAAGAUCCCCGGCGUCUCCUCGAGGAGUUCAACCUUACUGACAACGCGGCGACUCUGGGAUCGUGUUUCCCCUGGCUAUUCGAGCAGGCCGCACACGCCCACUUUGACCGGACGGCCGUCAUCUGCGGGGAUGCGCAAUUGACAUAUGGUACGCUCAAUGGUCGUGCAAAUAUUAUAGCGCAGAUUCUGGUCAACCGAAACAUCGGUUCUGGCGAUGUUGUCGGUGUCGCGCUGGACCGGUCGGUCGACCUCCUCGUCGUGCUGCUAGCGGUCAUGAAGUCUGGUGCGGCCUAUGUGCCUAUUGAUCCGGCCUUGCCUGCACAGCGCAUUCUCCAGAUGAUGAAUGAUACGGCUCCCAAGGUGGUUCUGACGGACCACAGCGUGCUUGAUACCCUGUCAUUAUGGAAUGGGCCACAACUGAGCAUAGAAGAACUGCGAGUUGAAAUGAGCUUAAACCCGGCCAACACCCCAAACAUCCGUCGGGACAUCCAACCCGAAGAUCUUGCCUAUGUCAUCUAUACGUCCGGGUCGACAGGGAAACCCAAGGGCGUAGAAAUCAGCCAUGGGGCCGUGGCCAACUUCGUCUUGUCGAUGCAAGUUGUCCCUGGAUGCAACAAACACGAUCGAAUUCUGGCGGUGAGCACCAUUUCCUUCGACAUGACCCUUUGGGACCUAUACGCCCCCUUGGCUUGUGGUGCGUGCACCGUCAUAGCCCAGACCCACGAGCAGAAAGACGCGGAAGCGCUGAUUGAGCUGAUCCGGGAAAAUGGCAUUACGAGCAUGCUCGCUACCCCGGCCACCUGGCAGAUGUUGUUCCACGCCGGCUGGCAAGGCCAGCCGCGCCUGAAAACGAUCAAAACCGGGGGGGAAAGCUUAUCCCAACAUCUGUCCGAGCGGUUACUCGCCGCGGCCGAAAAGGUGUACAACGGCUAUGGUCCCACCGAGGCCACUGGGUGUGUUAGCCUCUGGCCGGUGCAGGCAGGGGAAGAGGUGCUCAUUGGCACACCAAUUGCCAACACGAAGCUCUACGUGCUAGAUGCCGACCUGUCCCCCAUGCCGCUUGGCUGCGCUGGAGAGCUGUAUAUUGGCGGGGCCGGAGUCGCUUGUGGCUACCGCAACAAUCCAGAGCUGACCCGGUCACGGUUUUUGGCAAACCCCUUCCAUGAGGGGCUCAUGUACCGCACCGGCGAUUUGGCGUGCUUAGUGACGCCAAAGAAGCUGAAGUUUCUCGGCCGCGCAGACAGCCAGGUCAAGAUUCGGGGCCAGAGGCUCGAACUGGGGGAAGUCGAGGCGGCGAUCACCAGCCAUGGAGACGUCGCCCAUGCCAUCGUGAUCAAUCGUGAGGGACAGUUAGCCGCGUACUGCGUGCGGGACCUGCACAGGGCAGUGGAAAUCGACCCGGCCAAGGUAUCACUAAGCAGCAUCCUGCGUCCAUGGCUGGUCGAGCGUCUGCCGGCCUAUAUGGUACCGUCGUUCAUCAUGGAAGUGGAUCACAUUCCGCUGACGUUGAACGGUAAAGUCGACCACAAGUCCCUGCCAGCUCCCAUGGCAGAGACGACGACCACGAAUCAGCCGGCUACGGAACUGGAGCGCGACAUCGCGGCUAUCUGGUCCACGGUUCUGGGCCAUGACCAUAUUGGGCGGGACGACAACUUUUUCCAAAUCGGGGGAGACUCGGUGCGACUGGUACGUAUGCAGGCGGACUUGAAGAAGCUGCUAGGCCGCUCUGUGCCGAUUACUGUGCUGUUUCAGCAAUACACCAUCAAGUCAUUGGCCGGGUAUCUGAUGGAUAUGGACCGGCCCAUACCGGCAGACGAGUCCAUUCAUCAGCCUAACCCCAAGCCGCAUCAUGUCGACUCCGAUGACAUUGCUGUUGUAUCCAUGGCAUGCCGACUGCCCGGCGGCAUUGAGACACCCGAGGCAUUCUGGGAACUUCUCGAGCGCGGUGGAGAUGCUACCACAGAUGUACCUCCGGAACGCUGGGAUGCUGACGCCCUCUAUGAUCCAGAUCCAGAUGCGCCGGGCAAGUCUUACUGUCGCCGGGGGGGCUUUGUCCCCUCAUUUGGUGCGUUUGACACAAAAUUUUUCCACCUCUUGCCCAAUGAGGCUCGCGCGCUUGAUCCUGCCCAGUAUAUUAUGCUGGAGACUAGCUGGGAAGCAUUCGAGCGUGCUGGCUACAGGACUCAGCAGCUCCGGGGCAGCUCAACGGGAGUGUUUAUCGGUGUCAACAACACUGUCGCCCAUGGAAGCCCGUCCACCCAUGCGCACGGGCUGGCGGACCUGCAGGGCUAUACAGGCACGGGCACAGCAGGGGGGACGAUGUCCGGUCGUGUUUCAUAUGUCCUUGGCCUUGAAGGUCCGUCGCUCACAAUUGACACGGCAUGCUCCUCCUCCUUGGUGGCCACCCAUCUCGCCUGUACCGCGCUGCGGCAGGGCGAAUGCGACAUGGCUGUGACCGGUGCCGUGACUCAUUUGCCCGCGCCAGGACUACAUGUGGAGUUCAGCCGGUUGCGCGGCGUGGCCCCUGAUGGCCGUUGUCGGGCCUUUGCGGCUGAUGCGCAAGGAAUCGGGAUUGCUGAAGGGGCGGCCGUUGUGGUGCUUAAACGCCUGUCCGACGCCCGCCGAGAUGGUGACACCAUCUAUGGUGUACUGCGCGGCUCUGCCGUCAACCAUGGCGGACAAGGUGCUGCCGGCCUAACCGUGCCCAGUGGUGCUGCCCAGGAGCGGGUGAUUCGUGCAGCGCUGGCGUCUUCAAGGCUCCUUCCAGACGAUAUCGACUACAUCGAGGCGCAUGGCACCGGCACCAGACUCGGCGACCCCAUUGAAGGAAUGGCGCUGACGGAGGUGUUUGGCGGGAGCCGAUCUAACACAUCUCAGUCGCUGUGGAUCGGUUCGUCCAAGACCAAUGUUGGCCACACUCAGGCCGCUGCCGGGUUGGUCGGCCUCAUAAAGGUCCUGCUCGCCUUGCGGUAUAACACAUUGCCACCCACACUGCACAUCACUCAGCCGACACCAGCUAUUGAUUGGCACAGGGCCAACAUGGCGCCGGUGCAAACAAAACAACACUGGUUGGCGGGGGGCGAGCGCCCACGCCGCGCUGGAGUCAGUUCAUUUGGAAUUGGGGGCACAAACGCCCAUGUGAUUGUUGAAGAACCACCUCGGUGUAGUGUCAGCACAGAGUCGACACUAUACGUUCCACUGCCGCAUCCCGUGCCAUUCCUGCUGUCAAGCCCAGUGGAGGCGGGCCUCCAACCACAAGCCGACAAGCUGCAUAUGUACCUCAGCCAGUCCAUGUCCAAGGGUGACCCGGGCAAUAUCGCGUACUCACUGGCAACCACGCGCAACCACUUCCCCCAACGCAUUGUGCUACUGGCCCAGGACACUACAGAUUUAGUGGCUCAGCUGGUGGAUUUACCCAGGAAGGCUAUUGUAAGCCCAAGGGGCUCAAGUCCAGAACCGCGUCUCGCCAUGCUUUUUGCCGGCCAGGGAAGCCAGCAACUGGGGAGGGGGAAGACCCUCGCGAAACACUACCGGGUAUUCCGGGAGACGCUUGAGGAGAUUGCUACUCAAUUUUAUGGGAUUUUGCAGGAACCACUUUUGGAUGUCAUGCAUGCGGCGGCAGACAGUGCAUUGGCUGCGCUGCUGCAGCGCAGUGACUACGCCCAACCGGCGCUCUUCGCCCUCGAAGUCGCUCUCUGGCGGCUGUGGCAGAGCUGGGGAGUACAGCCCGACAUGGUCCUGGGUCAUAGCAUCGGCGAGCUGACGGCGGCGCAUAUUGCGGGAGUCAUGGACCUCCCCGACGCCUGCCGGCUUGUGGCGGCGCGUGGUCGCUUGAUGGAGACCCUCCCUUGCCACGGAGGAAUGGCCUCUUUAGAAGCCAGCGCCAGCGAAGUAUCUCUGGCAAUCACAACGCUCGACCUUGGCGGCCAAGUGGGUAUUGCGGCAUAUAAUACGCCCAGCCAGACUGUUAUCUCCGGGGACCGGGAUGCUCUGGACAUCCUCAUAGCUUAUUUUUCGGGUCAGGACCGGCAAUCUAAGACGUUGCCUGUGUCUCGCGCAUUUCAUUCCCACCACAUCGACGGGAUGCUGACGGCUUACCAGGCGGUGGUGCAGAGCGUGCAGUUGAACGCACCCUCGCUGCCAAUAGUGAGCACCCUCACGGGCCGGCGAGUAGAACCCUGUGAGCUCCAGCAGCCGACCUACUGGGUCCGGCAGGCACGUGAGGCGGUCCGCUACAGCGACGGGAUUCAAGCGUUGGCAGACCAUGGCAUGAAUGUGUUCCUCGAGCUGGGGCCUCAGUCAGUACUAUGUGGCAUGGGUGCAGCCGUGCUCGAUGGCUCAGAGAACAGGACGACAUGGCUACCAUCUCUCGCACCAAACAAGGAUGAGGUGGUCGCCAUCCAGGAAAUCUUGGCACGGCUCCAUGUUCAGCAUGUCCCAGUUAACUGGCAAGGUUACUUUCAGCCCUUUGGCUGCCGUCGUCUGGAGCUGCCAACCUACGCGUUUCAGCGGGAGCGUGUCCACUCAGGCACCAAGGAGAGAGACCAUGGGAAACGUGAAGCGCGUCCUCAGGCAAGUGCCUUCUAUGACAAGGUAUUCCAGAUUGACUGGCGGCCAUUUGCUAUUCAGCAUGUUCAGCCCCGUGGAAUUUGGGGCCUGCAAUGCUCUUCUGGCUACGUGAAGUGGGCGGAAGCAGUCAGAGCAGCCCUUUUUCAGGGCGGCAUACAAUGCAUUUUGUUACCUAGUCUCAGUCUCCAGGGAACGAAGACGCUGGAUGGCGUAUUGUGCUUGUGGGAUUCCCAUGGGGAUGUGAUUUCACAGGUGCACGAGUUCGCUGCACAAGGGCUGACGCAGCUCAAAGAGGCCGCCAACACACGACCCUCCUUGCCACUGGUCUGGCUUACUUCACAGGCGGUAGGCACAGCCCGCGACGACCAGCCCCUGGCCCUGGGAGCUGGGCUGUUGUGGGGCCUAAUGCGCACGGCCCGAAAUGAGCAUCCUGAGCGAUCUCUGCGCCUGAUUGAUCUAGGUCGGGACGACCAGAACAGAGUCGACGCCAGUGGACUUGCGCCAUUGCUCAUGCUCCACACUGAGCCAGAAUGUGCGCUUCGCCAGGGGAUGGUGCUGGUGCCCCGGAUGCAGCGCAUGGAGCUCGAAUUCGGGGAUGCGACCCAGACUCUCCUCCGGUCCGACGGCGCCGUCCUCAUUACCGGUGGCCUGAGUGGGCUAGGCGCGCGCAUCGCCGAAUGGCUAGCAAGCACGCACGGCAUUCGCGAUCUGGUGCUGACCUCGCGCCGUGGGAUGGACACGCCGGGGGCAGCCACAUUGGUAAGGAGGCUGGCGCAUCUAGGCACGAAGACGACUGUGGUUUCUGGCGACACCACCGAUCCUAGCCAUCUCAACUCCCUCCUAAGCAUGUUCUCCCACGCGCGGCCGCUGCGUGGUGUAGUUCAUGCUGCGGGUGUGCGAGAUACAAGCAUGCUGGGGACCUCAACGCCACAACGGUGUGUCGGAGCUUUGGCGCCCAAGGUAAUUGGCGCGUGGUAUCUACAUCAGUUCACUCGGACGCGAAACGACUUAGACCUCUUUGUCGUGGUGUCCUCCUUCUGGGGCGUGAUGGGCACAUCGGGUCAUGCUACAGAUGCUGCGGCGAACGCGGUUCUUGAUUCUCUCGUUUAUACGCGCCAAUCACAGGGGCUGCCCGCGGUCUGCGUGGCCUACGGACCUUUACCAGACAUUAACAUACCACCGGGACUUCUCCCCACAAUACGUGAUCAGCUCCAGCAAAUGGGUAUCAAGACGCUCACGCCAGAUGAUACAAUCAGCCUGUUCGAGCUGGCUGCCCGUCGAAGCCACGGGGUCACCGUAGCAGCAGCACUCGACUUGCAUCAGUUGCAGAGCUACAGCAGCCAGCGAGGGGGUAUACCAGCUUUACUUCGCUUACUCCUAGACCGGGAUACACCACAGAAGCACCAGGGCCCCGCUCUGUACGAUGUGCUUCGCAGAACGGCCCCAGACCAACGCAGAGAGAUUUUGCUGCGCACAAUUCAAGAAGCCGUGGCCACAACACUGGGCUUUUCUCAGCCUGACGAAGUUGAUAUCCACCGGUCCUUGCCAGACAUGGGGAUUGACUCACUGGGGGCCCUGUUGGUCCGGAAUCAACUAGCGGGGCUCCUUGGUCAGGCACUGCCAGCCAACAUUGUCUUCAUUCACCCGAGUCUGGACGAGCUUAGCCGGUAUCUGCUGCCCCAGUUGGUAGACAGCAACAGGGACGCAUCCAGCGUGGCCGAGCCGGACAUGGCGAGUGCCUCGACAGCAGCAGACGUCUCUGGCCUCAACUUGAUGGCGAUCCGCAAAGGCUGUGUGGACUCAAGCUUCACAUUUGACAAUGCGCUGCCAAAGCCCACACCUCAGUCAGUGUUUGUGACGGGUGCGACGGAGUUUGUCGGCGCGUUCCUCGUCCACGAACUGCUCGAUCAGGGAAAGGUCACCUAUUGUCUUGUACAUGCCCACAGCAUUGACCAUGCGCGGCAGCAGAUCGUGAGCUGGCUGCAAGACUAUAAUCUGUGGAAGAUCGGCUACGCAGAGCUCCUCCGGCCCCUUGUUGGCGACGUGUGCCAGGUUCGGCUGGGUUUGGAUGAAAGCGUGUUCGACGAUUUAGCGCACCGUGUCGACACCAUCUACCAUGCAAGCUGCUUGGUGGACUGGAUGCGUCCGCUGGACGACUAUAUUGGUCCCAAUGUCACCAGCACUCACGAGGUGCUGCGGCUGGCGUCCACGAGCCAUGCUAAGACCAUUCACUACCUCUCUACCAGUGCCACUCUGCCCUACCAUCUGGGAUACGACAUCCCAGAGGACGCUCUCACGUACGGCUAUGCCAUGUCUAAGUUGAUGGCGGAGCGAAUGGUCAUCGCCGCACGCUGCCGCGGCGCCCAAGCAUUCAUCUACCGUCUACCCUUUAUCACCGCAUCCGCCACGAGCGGCCACUUCCAGCUCAACAACAGAGACUUCCUGCACAACCUCAUCAGUGGGAGUUUAGAAAUGGGCUGUUUCCCAUCCUUGGAUGCCGACUUAUCCCUCGUCUUUCCCGUCGACUAUGUGUGCCGGACUAUCAUCACACUUGCCCAUACAACACCGGGAUCCACUCAUAUCCGCUACGACUACGACUUCAAGAAUCCACAGGCCCAGAGUUUCGACCACUACUUCAAUCUCCUCGCGACCGUCGGCAAGGAUCUGGAGUCCCUUGCUUUUUCUACCUGGCGACAACGGGCCCUCGCUUAUGCGGCCGCGAAACCAGCUAGCUCACUAACUUCGAUCGCAGACAUCCUCAAAAACAGCACGGAGGAGGCGGUGGUAAAAAUGUUCCAAUGCCCACCGAUUGUCACACCAUUUCUUGGUGGCGAGGAGUUUCCCGUCCCAUCGGUCAACGAUCAGUCAGUACGAAAGUACCUACACCGGAUGGAUCUGACCCUCUGAGGAGGAGCCAUAUCUGAGUGCUUCGAAAUAAUCUCGACGCUCCAUGGAGUGUGGUUGUUUUACAGUCCCCUGGGAUGAUAAAAAUCGACUGAUGGGGUUUACCUUCGGCCGAUGGAAGUGA